UUUCUAAAAUUCCUUUUCUUCUUUUUUGUGCCCUUCUUAGUUGCAGUCACUUUGAUCAGGCCACUGAUGCCUUUGGUUUCCCUUUGAUUCUUUAUUUGGUUUGGUAUUUGCGUAUUUUCAUAUGUCAUAUAGGCUUUCUUCGUUGUGCUCUUAGAGAGUGUUAGCAAGUCUUGGAACCACAAGUACUACCCCAUGGGCUUAAGUUUUCAUUUAUGAGGUCUGUUCUUCAAGGAAUACACAUAUAGGUGGUGAUUAAUACUUAAUGGGUAACUUGGUGGCGGGCCUAACUCUUACUUUAUCAUUUGAGAAUCAUUGUUGCAUAGGGUAAUCGAGCUAUUCAUGAGCUUAUUUUCCUGAUAAAUUAUGUGUUAAAUUUCAUGUGAUCCUCUGUUCUAAAUAAGUGGUAUGAUUUACCUUGAUCACUUCUGAUCGAUUGACAUAUUUCAUGCUUACACUUUUGCAAUUCUCCUUUAUUAAAUAUUAUUCAAUUAUUUUUAACACUACUUAUAUGUUGUCGCUAUGCAAUCUUCAUCGGAGACGGUUGGCUUGGAAUGCAGUACACCUGCCUUAAACACAAGCCCCUCAUCCUGGUUCAUGUAAAGACAUACACUGAAGGUUCCUGGAUCUGAUUAUUCUUUGUCCCUUGACUGCCUGGAUGAUUAUUUUCUAUUAGUGCACUUCAUGAGGCGGAUGGUUCUUGUUAAAGGUCCUAUUGAACCAACUGAUGUGCCUAGUGAUAUCACACUUCCAGAGUUUUCCGUGCGGACAUUAGCACAAGAAUAUGGAGGUGGUGCAUUCACAGUUUAUGAGAAUGUUGUGAUAUUUUCGCAUUACAAUGAUCAGCGGCUGUACAUGCAAUCUAUUGAUGGUGGUGGCUCCCCAGUUCCCAUUUCCCCUGAAUAUGGUGGACAUGUGGUAUGUUAUGCAGAUGGAGUGGUCGAUAAACAUUUCAACCGGUUCAUUACUGUAAGAGAAGAUCAUCGGGAAAGUAGCUUAAAUCCAAGUACAACGAUUGUGUCUAUAGAUCUUGAAAGUGGAAGCCUCAAAGAGCCAAAAGUAUUGGUAAGUGGCAAUGAUUUCUAUGCCUUCCCAAGGAUUUGUCCAGAAGGAAAAAGAAUUGCAUGGGUUGAAUGGAGUCAUCCAAACAUGCACUGGGAUAAGGCAGAAAUUUGGGUUGCGGAUAUCUCUAAGAACGGAGAUGUAUGUAAUCGCAUUUGUGUGGCUGGUUGUGAUUCAACCUUAGUAGAGUCUCCAACUGAACCGAAAUGGUCCAUGCAAGGAGAGCUCUUCUUUAUAACAGACAGGAAGAAUGGUUUUUGGAAUUUGUAUAAAUGGAUAGAACACAAUAAUGAGAUACAACCCUUAUACACAUUGGAUGCUGAAUUCAGCAGACCAUUUUGGGUCUUUGGUAUCAACUCCUAUGAUUUUAUUCAUCAAAAUGGGCAAGCCACCUUAAUUGCUUGCAGCUACAGGCAGAAGGGGAAAUCAUAUCUAGGAAUCCUGGACACUGUUCUAGGCUCUUUCACAUCCAUUGAUGUUCCUUUCACAGAUAUUAAUGACAUUAUCACAAAAGACAGAUGCUUGUACAUCGUGGCUGCAUCUUCAAGCCACCCUUCAUCUAUUGUUAAGCUGACCUUAGAUGGCAUGGAGUUAAAGGUGGUGGACCUCACUACAAUUUGGUGUUCUUCCUCUUUGGAUUCUUUGCACUUUAAACCAUAUAUCAGCUUGCCAGAGAUAAUUGAGUUUCCUACAGAAGUUCAAGGACAAAAGGCAUAUGCCUACUUUUAUCCCCCAUUCAACCCCUUGUAUGAUGCUACUCCUGGUGAAAAACCUCCACUGUUAUUGAAAAGCCAUGGAGGUCCUACAAGUGAAUCACAUGGAACAUUGGAUUUGAGUAUUCAGUACUGGACUAGUCGAGGAUGGGCUUUUGUAGAUGUCAACUAUGGUGGAAGCACUGGUUAUGGCAGGGAGUAUCGAGAAAGACUCUUGGGAAACUGGGGCAUUGUUGAUGUCAAUGACUGUUGCAGUUGUGCACAAUUCCUGGUUGACAGUGGGAAGGCAGAUGGGGAACAACUUUGUAUAACAGGGAGAUCAGCAGGGGGUUACACUACACUUGCUGCUCUUGCUUUCAGCCAGACAUUUAAGGCUGGUGCUUCAUUGUUUGGUGUUGCUGAUUUGCGCCUGUUAAAGGAAAGCACACACAAGUUUGAGUCUCGUUAUCUUGACAAUCUUCUUGGUGCUGAAAAGAAUUUCUAUGAUAGAUCACCUAUCAACUUCGUUGAAAGAUUUUCUUGCCCUGUAAUUUUAUUCCAAGGGUUAGAGGAUAAGGUUGUGCUGCCAGAUCAGGCUCGUAAAAUUUAUAUGGCUUUACAGGAAAAAGGGUUGCCAGUUGCUCUGGUAGAAUAUGAAGGAGAGCAACAUGGAUUCCGCAAGGUGGGAAGAUGGCAAGUUCAUCCACAAGCAAUACCAUGGCAUAUUCAGACAAGAUUUGUAGAAAUUGUGGCCACAAAUGUGAGAUGUACACAUCUAGAUGCGAACAAAAUCGAAACGGGAAGUACCUUCAUUGCAAAUCAUGUAAUUUAUGAAAUGGGUGGGUCGAUAUGCAUCUCCGACACUCCCAAAACUGCAAUAUAUUGGGGCUAACGACAUCCAACUUCGAGUCAUUGAUCAAGUUAUUAGAGAACCAACAACGUUUGACUGCCUAAGAGAAUUUUGAUAAGCGUGUAAUUAUAUUCAUAUUAGCUUUGAGUUCAGUAUUUCAUAUUG